AUGUCUUCCAUGAAGCUAUCAAAACUGGAACAAAUGACUACAUCUACAGAAUCAUCUUACGAAGAGUGUAACUAUCUUGAAUCAUCUAAAAACAUAGGUCAGCACGAAAAUGAAGAUAAUUUAAAUCAAAUUAGUAAUGGCGAUAUGUGUUUGGGUUAUCUACCACUGUCUUCUAGCUCAGUUUUUAGACAUCCCUAUUACAGUUAUCCAGGUGUUGUAAAUCCUGGCAUCGUCGAAGCUUUGCUUCAACCAGAGCCAAGAAUAAUUUAUUCAGAUGACGGCCAAGAACUCUAUUUAGCCUUAUGUAAAAAAAUGGGUCUCAGUCCAAUUAGUAUCUUUUACAAAAAGCUGUUAGAGGAACAUGUGAACUUAAAAUACUAUGGAGUAAGUCCAAUGAGUUUUCUGCCCAUAGCAAUAUCUCUUAAAAAUAAUAAAUACGUAAAAACCUUGGAUUUGACCGAUAAUUGGAUAAGUACAGAUGGAUGUUUUCAUUUAGGUGAUAUGUUAAUAGAAAAUAUAACUUUACAAGAAUUGAAUUUAAGUGGCUGUCGCAUAGGUCCAGUGGGUGCAAGACAGUUGUUUGCUGGGCUACAAAUCAAUCGUUCUUUACGAAAAAUUGACUUAACUAAAAAUUGUCUCGAAGAUGUCGGCGUUACUAGUUUAGCCAAAGCAAUCGUAAAAGGCUCAGAUAUAACAGAUAUAAAUCUUUGCUAUAAUGAACUUACGUCUCAAUCUUUACUUACAUUGGUGGAAGCCUUUGAAACUUAUAACAAAUUGACACAUCUUGAUUUAUCAUGGAAUAGCUUUCUAUCACCGAAUGCCAUUUUUAGUUUAUGCGCGAAGUUAUCUGAAAAUAAAGAAUUGCAAGAACUAAAUUUGUCUUGGACUGCUAUAAGUGGCCUUCGAGUUGGUAAGGCGAUUAAGAAUCUUUUAACAAAUCCAAACAUAAAAUCUCUUAAUUUAAGCAAUAACAAACUGUCAUCUGUAGAAAUUAAACACAUAGCAAAAGGCUUGGAAGAUAAUAAGGGUUUGAAGGUUUUGGAUAUCUCUAAUAAUCCUUUAACUCCCAAAGACGCAUUCAUAUUAUUAAUUUGUCUAAAAGACCGUAAAGUUAAGGUUCAAAAGCUGUUUCUAGAUAACGUUUUUGUAACAAUUGAAUUUCUUGUGCUUAGACAAGAAAUAUUAUCCUUAAAGUAUAGACAAAAUGCAAUAAUUACAUGGGGCGGCUUAAUAACGAAAUUUGUUCCAACCGUUGGUGAUAUGCGUGAAAUUGUAUUAAAAAGAGCUGAUGCAAUAUGCAGUAAGUCUAAAAAGAAAGUUGUUGAUAUAGUUCUUAUUAUUUUAGAAAUGUUUAAAGCUAAUAAAGAACCAAUAGAUGUCAAACAGUUUACAAGAACAUUAAGGAUUAAUGGCAUAUAUAUGGACGAAGGUUUACUUGAUGAAUUAUGCAAUGCUUUUACCGGACCUCCUGGGACAGGAAAAACUAUUGACUUGGUCAAUUUAGUCGAUUAUUUAAAACGCUUGUGGCCCGAUAGGCAAUUGCCACCCACCCCUCCAAUCAAGAUAGAUAAACCAACUGAAAACGUAAAGAAAAAUCGUAAGACGAAAUAA